AUGGGUCGAAGAAGGAAGCAGAGUAAUAGCAGUUCGACGCCUCUUCUGAUGGAAGAUAUGGACAUGGAUGAAAAUGUUCCUCCGAAAGCUAUGGUUGAAGAGGAGUUACCGAAGAAGAAAGUCAUCCGUCGGAAUGCGGCAAAGAAACAGGUGCCGGAGCUCGAUGUUGAAGCUACUGAGAAGAAAGUAGAAGAGAAACUUGAAUAUCUGCUAAGCGAUUACCCUUCAUUGUUGGAAAAAGCCUGCAAGAAUGAAAAGGGACAGAAAACUCUCGUUAAACGUCUAUGGUCUGAUCAUGAAGAAGUCGUGCAGCAAUGUAGCGUUAACAGUUUACGUCAUGCUUUAUGGGAACCAUCGUUCAUCGCCUCUACAGAAGGAGUUCGUUUCUGCGCCUAUGCAUUGCGCAAAAUUGGAGUCCAAAAAGCUUUUUUGCUUAUGAAGAAAAUGGUUGUUGGUGGUGCUACAAAGUAA